CCUUGCGUACCGAUUUUUAAAGUCCGCAUGGUUUAUGCGGGCAGGAAGGCUUGGCAAGUCAAAGGCACCCGUGCGUGGCGCUUUGCACACAAGCAUGUCGUAGGGAAACAAAAAGAAAACAAACAAAGAAAUGAAACCCGGACAGCUUGUUGUAUACGAUUACAGAGAUGCAACACCAGCAUCAAUCUCUACCACAGAAUCGCAUCCUUCACUUAAAGUGUUGCAAUGGAAUGUAGAACGUAACUAUGCAUCUGAGGAUAUUUUGACCAUCAUGAACCAACUGGAUCCCGAUGUCGCCAUUCUGCAAGAAGUCGAUAUCGACUGCAAGCGUUCAGGCUCACGCAAUCAUAUGGAAGAAAUGUGCAAGGCCCUCAAGAUGAAAGGCGGAUUUGUUUGCGAAUUUCACGAAAUCGACAGCCCAGUCCGCGAAUUGCGCAACGAGGGGGGCGGUUUUCACGGGAACGCUAUUUUAUCAAAAUACGAUAUUGAUUUCCAAGUGUUGGAGCAUCAGUAUCAACCUUUUGACUGGCCCAAGGAUGGACUUGGUCUUGGUGAACCACGCGAGGGACGACGACCGGGGGGUUCCCCAAAAGCCGUUAUACGUUAAUAGGUGUGGUCAAGGCUGGUUCCUUGCCGCCUAUACGGUGCUAUUGCGUUCAUUUAGAGGUGUUCACUGGUAUUAUUGGACGAGU